AUAAUAAUUUGACAUUUCUAAACAUGUCAUUAUAAAAACACCACUGUACACACUCAGUUCAUGAAGGAAGGGGAAGAGUUUAUUUUAUAUGUUAUCAUGUGUUUUCAUUCAAACCCCAACCCUUUUUAUAUUUGCUCCAAAAUGAUUCGAUGCCACAGUUGUACACCUUGUUUGUGCAUGUGUGUCAUGAUCAAAGAAAUAGAGUAAACUGUAAAUAGAGAAAACUGGCAUUUAUCUUAACAUAAUAUUGUUAUCUAACUGAAAAAGAGCUGAAUUUAUUGUGAGUAAGAAAGCUGUCUGUCUGCUUCUUCUUCUUCUUCUUUUUCAAGCUGACAUGCUGUUGGUGCUAAUAAUAAAAGUGUAUAAAUCAGUACUUUUUUUUUUUGAAGGAACUCCAAAACAGGUUGUUUUUCUUUCUAUGCGGUAACAUCUCCUCACAGAUGUUAUUCAGGUUCCAUCGGUAUUCACUAUUACUAAUCACUAUAGCAAAGUUUCUACUUAAUUUUGUCUCAGAGGCAAAGAGGAAAUUUGUGCUACAGGAAGUGGGCUAGUUUGCACACGUUCGGGGGAGUAAAUAUUAGAAUCUUUUUUUUUUUUUAUCUCUAACCGGAAUAAGACUUUUUUUUCUUUUUGUUUUCUGUAUGGUUGAUCAUGCAAAUACUGCACAUUGAGGAGUUCUCCUUUUGUUUGACAGUUUCCUUUAGAUUUGAAGGGCCUAGUUUAGUUUGAAGAAUUCCCUUAAACUGAUUUGGAGUCCUUGGGGCCAUUUAUUAAGAACACCGGAUUUGAUUGUAAGCAACCAGAUCACACUGUAGCCUACAAAGAGAUGUAUUCAGUGUGGAAUUCUGUCCUUUCCUGGGUUUUGUUGUGUUUGUUUAGCUCAAUAACAACGGAAGAUACAUCACGAUCUAUAGUCAUAGAGGAACCAACACAAACAACAAGCCAGGAGGGAUCGUGUGUCACAAUUAACUGCAAAUUUAAAUAUCAGGAUGGACUGCAACUGUUGUGGAUUAAAGAUCCUAAGUGGAAUGAAAAAGAAAAGAGAUUUGAUGGAAUUAUUGUAUAUAAUAGUACAGAUGUGCAGUCACAGGUCACUGAGUACUCUAACAGAGUGGAAUUUUUUAAUGACCGUAAGCAGAGCAGUCAUUGGACCAAUUGCACAUUAAAAAUUCAUGAUCUUAAAAAGAACGACAGUGGAAACUAUACAUUUAGGUACAUAGGAUCAGAGAAAUAUAUAAGUAAUACAUUUCUUCUCACAGUCAUGGACAAUCGCUGCAAGGUCCACAUUAAGCCGGCAAAUCUGAACAAGUCACUCAAAGAAGGAGACAGAGUGAAUCUUCAAUGUGCAACAUCAGCAGCCUGUGAGUUUCAUCCUUUAUGGCAAUCAUCUGGCUCAAGUGAGAUUCUCAAAAGUGAGCAUAGUAAAGAUGAGGUGGAAAAACACAGUGAGCUGCAGUUGAUCGUGAACUGGACAGAUGAUGGGAGAACUUUGACAUGUCGUCCUUCUGGGAGUAAUGGCAACUGCCUGGAUAGGAGGGUUACACUGAGAGUGGAAUAUGCACCCAAAGAAACAAAAGUGAUUGAGAGCUCAAGCUCUAAGGACGUGAAAGAAGGAGAACAAGUGACAAUUUCAUGCUCCAGCAAGGCCCGCCCUAACGCUAACUUCACAUGGAUUAAACAUCAAAGCUCUUUUUCCCAGCAUGGAGAAAAUCUUACUUUAUAUAAUAUGACACCAGAAGAUGGAGGCAAAUUCUACUGUCUGGCUAACAAUGAACAUGGAAGUGAAAAGUCAAAUGACAUAAAAAUCAACGUUAUUUAUGCUCCAAAAGGUGUCGAUAUCAAUCCUAAAUUAGCCGAACUCAAAGAGGGAGACAGGCUUACACUCACGUGUCUGGUGCAAAACAGCAAUCCAGAAGUUGACAUGCAGUCCUACAGAUGGUACAAAGAUGGUCAAGAGAUUAAUCAACAAACAAUGAAUACAUUCACUGUGCCAAGUGUACAACAGUGUGAUAAAGGAGUGUAUCAGUGUCAGGCCAGAAAUUCAGUAGGAGAGACCAUGUCUACAAACAUUACCCAAGUAUCUGUGAAGUAUCAUCCACAAAACACAUUCAUUGACGGCACAAGUGGAAUAAAGUUGGGGUUUGAACUUAACCUUAAAUGCGUUACUGAGGCCAAUCCUCUUCCUCACAAAUAUUCCUGGUAUUUUAAACCAGAACAUGAACAGCAGUUUGUCACCCUUUCACACACGGAUGAGAUGUACCGGAUUGAGAAAGUGGCUGUUAGUAAUGCUGGGUUGUAUAAGUGCAGUGCGCAGAACGAUGUAGGUAAAGGAGCAAACUCUACUGAAAUAAACGUUCUUGUGUUCUAUCCCCCCAAAACACCAAAUCUGACCAUGAAAGAAGUUGUAAAGGAAGAAGAAUUAUAUACUAUAACAUGCACUGUAGAAAGCUCACCCCAGGCGACGCUCACGCUAAGCAGAUCCUCUCUGACAAACCCAGAAAAAGACAUAAUCACAGUAAAGAAGAUUCAGUCCAACAUACUCAAAUUUGCUGCCAAUGCAACCGUGUCAGAUGCAGGUAUGUACACCUGCGAAGCGGAAAACACAGAGGGAAAAACCUUCUCAAAAAAUCAGCUGAAAGUUUUGUAUGCCCCUAAAAAUGUUACUGCAUUAGCAGAUCCUGGUGUAGAGCUAAAGGAAGGCUCUAACCUGACACUCACCUGUAAAGCUGAUUCUCUUCCCGAGGUGUCUGCUUACACAUGGAAGAAAUCUUCUGCGACACACUCAGAGACAGUGGGGCAUGGACAGAAAAUAACACUCCAUUUCCUGAAGAGCUCUGACUCUGACCAAUACUUCUGUAUCUCCAGAAAUGAAAUUGGCAGUGCUAAGUCCUCAUCAAUAUAUGUCAGAGUCAAGUAUCGGCCACGCAUAACACUUAUCCACAACAUGACAUCACUGGGUCUAUGGGAAAAGGCGGUACCAAUCCACCUGAGUUGCAGUGUUCAGUGUGAUCCACCAGCCACUUUCUUUGCAUGGCACAAGAUGGAGGAAAACACCACUGUCUUGUCAAAUAAUGUGAACUACACAGUUCAACCACAAAACCCAGGAACGUACUACUGCUACGCACGCAAUGAAGAAGGGGGAUCAAGAUCUGAACCAGUCAAAAUAUUUCUUAAUCAUUUCAUUAUUAAACAGCUCGUUCAGGUCAUCAUCUCCUUACUGGUCAUCGUGUUUCUGAUUGGUGUCAUAUUUCUGAUACAGAGAAUCAUCCUGAGAAAAAGAUCAGCCCAACGGUCAUUUUUCUUCUCAGCAGCUCCAUUAUGUUUUUUAUCGGACUUGGGUUCAUCGGACUCACGUAGUAACACUAGGGAGAACCUGGUGAUGGAGGGAUCUACAGAGCUCUCGGGCUUCAGCGAUAACCAUUCAGUCUCUGCUGUUCAAUCAAAUCCUCCAUCCAAUAGGAACAUACAAGCAGGAAGGCCAAAUUCUAACAUUCACACAGUGUAUGAUGCUAUAAAGUUGCCGCCAUCCAAGCAGAAACAGCAUCAUACAGAAGAGGAUUUAACAAUGACCACUGUGAAUUAUGCUAUGCUGCAGUUCGUGGACAGCAACAGUCCAAAUAAAAGUGUACCGAGCCAUGACGGUUCUGGUCCAGUCUAUGCUGAAGUUUCAAAAAAUAAACAAAUGGCAAAAAAACCACAAGAUGGUCAUGAAGAUUAUGAAAACGUCUCGGGUGUGUGUGCUGUGAAGCGGCCAUUUCCAAACAUAAACUGGGACUCGGACAGCAGUGAAUCAGAAGAAGAGGUGAAUUACACUAAAGUGUCAUUCACUGUAACAGCACACCACAAUACACAGAAGGAUGUAUUGAGUUCAGAUGAGGAAGACAAAACUGAAUACUCUGAGGUCAAAAUUUAGGGUUAGAACAAUUAUGAAUAUGCGUUUAUAUAAAGCUUCUUGUACUUUAUGCAGUAAACUGCUUUAAAACAUGGCUCUCUAAAAUGAUUCUGCUAAAUCAGAGCACCGUUCUGUGGUUAUUAUGUGUGCCAGACUGGGAAAAGCCAUUUUAUGUAAAUGUGUCUGAAUAUACUAAAUGUCCUAUUUUAAGAAAAUAUUAAUAUAUAUUUACCAAUAUGACAUGGAAAUGUUUAAUUUGGACAACUUUUCUAACCCGCUGGCUUAGUGGUUAGCAUGUUCGCCUCACACCGCCAGGGUCGGGGUUCGAUUCCUGCGGCUCUGUGUGUGCGGCGUUUGCGUGCUGCGGGGGUUUCCUCUGGGUACUCUGGUUUCCACCCCCCCCCCGCCCCAGUCCAAAGACAUGCAUGGUAGGCUGAUUGGCGUGCCUAAAGUGUCCGUAUGAAUGGUAGUGUGAAUGUGUGUGUGAUUGUGUGCCCUGUGAUGGACUGGCACCCUGUCCAGGGUGUACCCCGCCUUGUGCCUGAUGCUCCCUGGGAUAGGCUCCAGGUUCCCCCGCGACCCUGAAAAGGAGUAAACAGUUGAAGGUGGAUGGAUGGAACUUUUCUAACCUUGCCUUGGCUGUGUGUCUGGAGAGAUCAUGUGUAAGGAGCCAGUUUAAUAAAGGCAGUGGUAAAAACAGUCAGUCUGCUUAAAGAUGUCCAAAACCUAGUAGUUAAUGACUACAUAUUGAAAUCUGUUGGGGGGCGGGUUUAGAGGUUUCAUUCUUUCUUUUUGGUCACCUGAAGUUAUUUGUUUAUAGAAGAUGCAGAGGGCCACUCUCAUUAUUAUUUAGGCCCUGAUAAAUAAAAACAUAAAAUUGAAGGCAGGUGUGCUUUCUUUUCCCCAUGAUUGUAUAUUUAGAUUUUUAGCUUUUGACUGUUGUAUAAGUAUUAUAUAUGGGCUGUAUUUUUGUCUAUCUUUGUGCAGAUAUUCUAUAAACAGAAAUUAGUCUCAAGUGGGAUUGUGAUUAAUAAUUUUAAAAUAAAAGGAAAUAAUAAUUUGUGUGUGUGAUUAGAUCAGAAUGUACUACUCUCCAGGGUUGUGCUUUGUUUUUACAUUUACAUUUACAUUUAGCAGACACUGUUUUCCCAAGCGGCUUACAACUGAGGAAAUACAAGCAAAGUGAUAUAUCAAGCGGAGAACAAUACAAGUAGUGCUACCAUACAAGAUUUAUAAUUGUGUUCCAGAGAAGCAAAGUGUGCAGAGUAGAGGUGUAAGAGCCAGUGUAAGGGGUUUUUUGGGUUAGUUUUAAAUAAGGUGGGUUGGCAUUUAUUUUUCACCGAAGAACGUCCUAACCACUUUCCUUGGCUGUGUUCAUUAUUUCAUUGUGUGUGCUGCUACAUUGCACCUCAAGCUAGUAUUUACCUUUUGUUUCUUAGACAUAUUUCCUAGUCCCCCCACCCCGUUUUAAAAAAAAUAAUUUUAUCUAUGUUUGUGGUCUAACCCCUGAUAUGGACCGUGACCAUGAUUCUUAUAUAUGCACUGCAAGCAUCUACAUGUUUGACAUGGAUGUGGUGGUAAUUUGUAAAUUGUUAAACACUGUAAUAUUAUCAUAAAAGUAAUAUAAAUCAUAUUAGGUAUGAAUAAUUUUUUUUUUACUGUGAGUGAAUAAUUCAAUUAGCCACUAACUAAUAUUCCAAUUUUUAUUCAGCACACAAUCUCAUUCCACGUGCAUAUAACAUAAUACAGAAAGAAGCUGUCAGAGGCAAUAUGCUAUAAAAUUGUCUAUAUUAAUGAUGUAUAUUAUAUUUAUACCUUGUCAACACUCAUACAUACAGGACAUCUGAAAACAAAAUGAAUAACAUACAUUGAAAUAUCUUCUUAUUCUCAGUAUCUCAAUAUCAUUUCAUUCUUUUCCUGUUUUAUCUGCCAUCACAAAACACCUGCUACAAUAACCACUGCUUUGUCUUAAUAUUAUCCUACAAAAACAAAACUCUUAAAAACUGCAUAAGAUCCAAACUAGCCAAGUCUUAUAGAAAAAAACAACAGUAUUUCACUCCUUCUGCAUAGACUCCUCUGUCAUGAUUACAUUUUCCGAUGCAUUUUGAAAUCUGCAGUGUUGGUGUAAUCAUCAUCAUAAUGCUAUAGAGGAUUUUGUGGAAAAAGACAAAGUAAGCAUCAAGGACCAGCAGAGCAUUAAAACUGCACCCAGUGGAAAAAGAACAUAUAACUGUUUAAUGAACUCGUUGGAAUACUUGUAAUAGUCUUUAUAGAAUUAUAAAUACAAUUGCUUAUUUCAAUAUUUUAAUAUUAUUAUUAUUAUUAUUAUUAUUAUUAUUAUUAUUAUUA